AACCGAACACAAACCUUCAUCUUCUCUCUCUGGGUUUUCCAUUUUUUUCUUCUUAAUACCAAAAAAAAAAAAAAAAACUUUUCUCUUAUUGUUAACUCUCUCUGUUAAGUACUCGAGAGUUCAACUUUUUCGUAUCCAUGAAAGCUAAGUUCUCUCUUUCAAGGUUGGUUUUGGCACGUGGGUUUUAACGUUCGAGUUCUUCUAUGAAGAUGGAUACCACUCUUUUGGAUAAAGACAUGGAGGGCAAUGAAGAGGGGUCUGCUGAACAAUUACCUGCGUCAUGUUCGUUUUUAAACGAAAUUUUUGGAGAUCCAGAGGUGGUUCCUCGUGUUGGAUAUCAAUACCAAGCACAAGUUCCACCAUUAGUUGAAGAUUGGCGUGGUUUACAGGUUGUAAAGGAAUCACUUGAUUCAAAAGACAUAGUGAAUGUGCCAAACCCUAUUCCAAUGGGAUUGCCUAUCCCUAUUUUCUGGACAAAGACCGAGGUUGAAAGAUUAAACGGUGCAUUCGAAUUUGAAAACAGCAAAGAGAGAUGCUUUACAUCAUGCCAUGGAUGUGCAGAAUACAAAGUUGAAAGUCUGUAUUCUGCACUAGGUGAUCAGAAAGACAAGGAAGGGUAUAUGGAACUUCAUCCUACAACCAGAUCGAGGAUGGACGUUGAUUUACUCUUUCUGCAGGAACCAAAUUCUAAGUUGAAACGGCUGGAUAGAGGUUUCUGUCCUCUUCCGGACAGUUCAAAUGAAGUAUGGAAGGAUAUCGAAUGUGACAGUUUUCUUCUUGGGUUAUACAUCUUUGGAAAAAAUCUUAUCCUUGUGAAAGAUUUUGUUGGGAGUAAAGAGAUGGGAGAGAUAUUGUCUUUCUACUAUGGAAAAUUUUACGGGUCUGAUGGAUACCGUAGAUGGUCAGAAUGCCGAAAGUUAAGAAGCAAAAGGUGCAUUCAUGGACAAAAGUUGUUCACAGGAUGGCGGCAGCAGGAGUUGUUAUCGAGAUUAUUUUCUUAUCUUUCAAAAGAAUGUCAAGACAUGUUGUCUGAGGUUUCUAAGACAUUUGGUGAGGGAAAAGUUUCCUUCGAGGAAUACGUGUUUAUUAUAAAGAAUGCAGUUGGCCUUGGUAUGCUCAUAGAAGCUAUAGGUAUUGGCAAAGGAAAGAGAGACCUGACUACCAUGGAGCCAGUAAAAGCCAAUCAUGUAGUUUCCUUGCGUCCCGAAAUACCAAUUGGCAAAGCAUGUUCUGCUCUUACCUCAGCAGAUAUUAUCAAGUUUUUAACAGGAAAUUUUAGGUUGAGCAAAGCUAGAUCCAGCGAUCUUUUCUGGGAAGCUGUUUGGCCUCGCCUGUUAGCCAGAGGUUGGCACUCUGAACAGCCAAAGGAUCAGGUUUUUGCUGGUUUGAAGAACUCUCUUGUGUUCCUUAUACCCGGUGUAAAGAAGUUUUCAAGGAGGAGACUAGUGAAAGGGAACCAUUAUUUUGAUUCUGUUACUGACGUUCUUAAUAAAGUUGCUUCAGAACCGGGGCUUCUUGAGCUUGAAAUCAAAGUGCCUGAAGCCAGCAGAGAGAACAAAGAGAAUAAGUGGGAGCCAGUAAUUAAUCAAGCUCCUGAUUUUGUGGUAAAUAAACACAAUCGUUACCUCAAGCCACGAAAUUCUGGUUGCAAUCGGGAUGUAAUGAAAUUUAUGAUUGUAGAUACUAGUUUGGUCCAAAGGGAUGAACAAUCCAAGGUUCGAGAGCUGAGAAGCUUACCUCUUGAAGCUACUAGCUUGUCCCACCCCACUGAUACAUCCAGUGGUUCAGAAGAGGACACAUCUGAUGACUCAGAAGAUGAAGCAGAAGAAACUAGUACUUCAAAUGUUGCGGAGGCCAUAGUUGAUGGUGGAGAAUGUGUGGACUUCUCAGAUUGUGUAAAUAGUAAUUCAAAUAUUGGCAUUCCCCGCGCCUCUGACAGCAUUAUAUCACUGGAAAACCAUGGAAGCCAUGACACAGGUCUGCUUGUUGAUGAUGAAGAAAAUGUUAUGAAGUAUAAUUCCAGACAAAAGGUGCCAUCUAGCAGUUCAAAAUAUACGACUCCUCUUACUAGACAGCAGAGUUCAACUGAUGGACAAUCAAGCUGUGGUGUUGGAAACAUUUCUUCUUAUAGGAUGUCAAAUGAAGAAUAUUCACACUGUAGGUUCAACCAGCCUGAUGCUUGUCAAGAUGUGGUUUUUCAAACAGGAUCCGUGAACUUGUUACCUGCGACUUCUUUGUCUAAAGGCGAUGCCGAUGAAGGAAAGGAAGGCAUUGUCACUGAAAGCUGCCUGCAUAGAGAUGAAUAUUCAACAAAAACUCAGUCACAUACAUUGAUAGAUUUAAACGUUCCUCAAGUUUCAAUAGGUUUUGAAUCUGAUGGACCAUUAAUUACAGAGACAGUGCAAAAUAGUGACAAUUCGUGUCCACAUGUAUUGUUCUUUCAAUCUGAAAUAAUGGUGCAGCCUGAGCUGUUGAGGCGUCCUGAUAAAGUUGCGGAGAUCAAUCAGCAUACUACAAUGCACAAUCGGAGGCAGAGCACUAGGAACCGACCGUUAACCACAAAAGCAUUAGAAGCUCUUGAAUGUGGGUUCUUCAGUCCUGUGAGGAAGAGAAAGGCUGCAGGGGCUCCACAGAAUAACUUGCGAAGAGUUCGUGGGAGGCCUGUUGUUAGUUCCCUUUUUAGAAAUGGUGCUAAUAACCCCAACAUGGAGGAGAGUUAGGAUAGUUUGCACAGUGCCAAAAAAGAUACCCAGUUAGUCUCAAAUCUGAAUCUGAAUCAUCUGAUACACAGGUGUGGACUAUUACAAAGCUGCUCAUGAAAAAACCACAUUUCCCCCUGAUGUCCUACACAACAGUUGUGUUCUGGGUGGCUUCGAUUUUUCUGGUCAAUAAUUGGAAGCCAAAUAUUUCCCUUUUUUUGUACUAGUAAAAUACCAAGACCCCGUUGACCAAACCAGCUGCAGAUUUGAGACUCCAGUGAAAAAUCAAAGUUAGAUGAAGCCAGUCUUGUACAGAGUAAUAAUCUCAGAAAGGAGAGGCUUGGAAACGAAAGCUUUACUGGAGACUUUUCAGUAUAGGAACAAUUGACACAGGUGGUUGUUGCUGUCUUCUAUAUUAUUGGCUUGCAAAUGGUUUGAAUGCUGAAAAAUCUGAUCCCAAUGAAGGUGACUGUUAAUUUAUCUCUAUGUAAACAUGUCCUCAUAAAAGGGUCAAUUUACAAUUUAACAAAGUUGUCCUACUAUUAGCAGUGUUAAUUUUUAGUUGCAGAUGUGCUAUUCUGAAAGCGAAAUUGAAGCUUAA